UAAACACAAUAGUGUAGUAUAAUUCAAAUUCCCGUACUGACCUGUAUUGCGCGACUGGAUUAUAUCACUCAAUGAAGUGUUACACCAACUUGAGGUAAAUGGUUAUUCUGUCCAGACCUAAGAGUAUCUUCUAGAAAGAUGAUGUGGUUUAAAAAAAUAGAAAUUAAAAAAACAGUGGAGCGGAAAAUUCCAAAGGUUGUCUUCUGCCUUAUUCUAUUCUCGUGUGUAUUUCGAAUACUUUACUGGUCCUACUUGGAAACCAUUCCGAUGGAAGAAUUCCCCAUUUUGUCUCCGGAUUUCUUUGUGGAUACAACUGGGUGUAAAAUACCGGAUUAUAACCCAUUCAGUACUUCCAUUAAAAAGUUCUUUAAAUAUCGAGAGAAAUAUGGCUGUUUAGUGAAAGAUGCAUACACGAGUCAAGAAGGGAUUACCCUAAGAAUAUCUGCGAAACUGAAAAGUUUCACAGAGUUUUCCCAUUGUGAAUACAGGGGAAUAGAAAGAGAGUCUAAUUCCGAACACAAAGUUAUUUUUACUGAAUCUAUAAAAUUUACGGAUGAUGUAAACGUUACACAUGGUCAAAUCAAAGUCACCUGUUUUGAUGAAAACGGAAAUGAUAUCUAUAGAAAUUAUCACGCGUUCAUUUUACCCAAAACGGAACGCAUUAAGGAAUUGGAUAAGCAAUUAGUCCAACACAAGGCGCAAAACAGACCAAGUGAAUUGUUGAAUGUCUGGAUGAUUGGUAUAGAAUCUAUGUCCAGGCUCAACCAUAUACGAAAUAUGCCAAAAACAAGAGAUCUUUUGCUAAACAAACUCGGAGCAUUUGACUUUAAAGGUUACACAAAAGUAGCAGAUAAUUCUUUUAUCAAUAUUGUGCCGAUAUUAACGGGACAUUUUGACCAAGAGGAAUUUGAAAGGCUAAAUAUCACCCAAUCCACAAAAACACCAGCCGAUGAUCUUAAUAUCAUUUGGAGGAAUUAUUCUCAAGCUGGUUAUUCAACACUAUAUGGGGAAGAUUUUCCAGAAAGUGGAACAUUCCAGUACACCAUGGGUGGUUUUCAAAAACUGCCAACUGAUUAUUAUUUACGACCUUUUGCUAUAGCUCUUAACGACGAUCCGUACGUAUGGAAUAGUUUCCAUAACUGUGUUCAGAAUCGUUCAGAAACAAGCAUCAUACUUCAAUACGGUUUAGACUUUUUUCAAACUUUCCGACAUCGUCCAGCGUUUGCGUUUUCAUUCCCAGUACACCUGACUCACGGUGAGGCAAUUAAAUACGCGUAUACCGCCGACGAUUACUAUUUUGAAAUCCUGGAAAAAGCUCUACAUAACGGAAUUUUUAACAAUACUGUGUUGAUUUUCUUUGGCGAUCACGGAUACCGUUUUGGAGAUUUUGUAAAAACAUUUAUAGGCAAACUGGAGGAACGAAUGCCGAUGAUGUAUGUCACAGUUCCAAAGUGGUUUCAUCAAAAAUAUCCUCAAAUCGUGAAUAAUUUAUCGCAUAAUACAAAAAGAUUGACAUCAAACUUUGAUAUUUAUGAAACAUUAAACGAUAUUUUAUAUUUUACCGGUAACCCAAAGGGAAGUAUUGACGUCACAAAACAAAGGGGAAUAAGUCUGUUUGAAAAAAUCCCAGGCGAAAGAACGUGUGACAAUGCUGGAAUCCUUCCACACUGGUGUGUCUGUAAAUUAGAAGAAGAUGGACUAAGUAAAAACUCUGAAUUUCGCGAUAGAAGUGUGCAGUUCUUCGUAAAUGAAGUUAAUAAUAGAUUAGAAAAUUAUAAAAUGUGCUCAAGAGUCCAACUUAGUAAAAUAAAAGACUUUAAAAUAUUUAAAUCUACAAGCAAAAGUCCCGAUAACGUUUCUGCUCUCUCUAAUGGAUCAAACAUGUACAUCAUUAAAAUUUCUGUUUUAUUAAAUCCGGGAUCGGGCGAGUUCGACACCACCUUAGUUUACAACGCGCGAUCUGAAACAUUUGAUACUCCCGGAGCAAUCAGUAGAAUGAAUAAGUAUGGCCACACGGCGGAUUGUGUUAAAGGUGAAAAGAUUCAACCGCUCUGUUACUGUGAAUAUUGAUUGACACCACUCCUCUUGCAGUGUCACGGCCGAUUCUUGCAGUGUUGUCGGUUGACUUAUAUGGUUAUACUACUUCUGUUUAUAAAAUUCAGAAGUAGUAUAUCCAUAAAAGUGUGUUAAUUUUAAUCGUUUAUUAAUGAUUAAAUCUAUUUACUGGUUGUUUAUCAAAAUGAAAUGUUUAAUUAACAAUGUGUUAAUUUAGCACAAGGAAAACAUAAGUUAAAUUUGAUGAUAAGUGAGUUAAACAUACAUUAUACAAGAGCUAAAUCUGUCUAUUGCAGAUCUUUCUUUAGUCCUGAAAUGUUAUCUAAAUUAUUAAUUAGACAUUAAUUAACCUAUCCAUGACAUAAUCAACUCUAGAUGGCAUCGCUAGCCUGUGAUCUUCAGUGGAUUGUGAGCCGAUUUACUGCAUAACUUUCCUUCACGAUUUAACGAUUAAAUGGAUAAUCGAGACUAUGCUGUUUAUCGUACUAACUUUAGUAAUGAUGACCGAGGCUAGGCGGAAAUUUCAAUCGCUUAAUUCUCGGUUCAUAGUGGAUCAAUUUGAAUGAAAUUUUCAGCAAAUUGCCUUUACAUUAUCUAGUUUUUAACUAUUAUAGUGAGUACUGCCAACUCGUUAUCGAAUCUCCCAUAAUGUAUCUUUAAUGUCAAGAGGUAAAGGCUACUUCGAAGCGUCGCACAAAUAAAUCAGUAAUUGUUCUUCCAUAAGUAUGUGUUUUAGUUUAUUGCUCUAUCCAGUUACUAAUCUAAAGGAUCAAGAAUCAUUUGUUUUGGAUUUUUCCCCAGCUCACACUAAAUCCGAGGUUCUUCUACCAGCCUAUAUUUUUAUACACGUAUUUGAAAAAUACAUUUAGGUCUACGUGUAAUAUUUAAUGCAUAAAAUCAAAAUGUUUUGAUCUUUUGAAUUCUAUUAUGUAAAAUACAUGAAUAAAGUAUAAAUAAUGAAUAAAGAGAGAAAAAUAAGAUUUAACGUUGAUGCGACGUUGUGAUCUUAUGAUCCAAACCCUCAAUAAUGAUAAAAGCCAAGACAUGUAUUAAAUAUGUUAUUGAAUUGGAAUAGAAACUGAAAAUAACCUAACACCCCGUGCGGGAUAUUUCAUUCAAAUAUUGUAAAAGGGUUGGUAAUAAAAGCUUUAUUGUCGAAACUUGAAAUUGUAGUAGUUGAAAACAGACCAAUAGAAAUCCAAGUUACUAAAUUGAAGGAUUCCUGAGAUCGAAUUUAAAGAGAAAAUUGAAUUUGAUAAAUUUGAAGUUUAGUGUAGUGUAAUAUGUCCUUGAAGUGUGACUGUUUGUUCUUUUAAAACCGAGGUCCCAUGUACACAUUGGCGUGCACGUAGAAGAUCCCUUGACAGUUGGUUGGAAUUCGAUAUAAGAGUAGGCCGUAGUGCCGCUGUCCGGGCAAAAUGUCCCUCAUAGCACACUGUAUGGCGUAUGCCCGUCUUCAUUAGCCCAGUUCGGAGCAGAACAGUAGGACGUUAAACCCCAUUUCAUUUCUCAUUUCUUUUCAUGUUUAAUGUGUUCGAAGUAAAUGUUGUUUUAAACCAAUAUUUCAUGUUGAAAAUGUUUUAUGCAAACCUGGCCAUUAAAAUAAAUAAAAGGAAUACACGAUAAAAGCUUUA